AUGUUCUAUGACUAUCUGAAAGGUGUUAGCACUAUAAAGAAUUAUGAAUACAAAAGCAAAGAACUCUGGACAGAGCAGAUGCUAGAAUCCCUGCUUCUGGAAAGGCUAAUGUCGGUGGAUCUCUUGAGCUUGGGAUUUCUGAGCGGCAUAGAUUUAAAACCAAUCUGGGUGUCCACUAAGUCCUGUACCAAUAUGAUUAGGAAAUUAAGGACUCAAGAAGUCAUUAUCAUUUCUCCAAGAUUUAGCAACAGACCUUCAAAAGCCACUAUCAAGAUCUUGGCUACCAACCCCUUAGAUUCACUAAACAUGAUAAAUAUAUCCUUAGAUCUUCAGUGUUGGGCUGAGAUGGAGACAGUCCUACAGCAACAUGGGGAAGAUGUUGAAGCCAGUACAAGGAAAAUGACAGAUGACACUAGUCUUGAUCUAGUUGGAGAAGAAGGGGUAAGGAUUAUCACAUUCUGGGUUUUUUUUUUUUUUGGCUUGUUGGAAGGGCAUUUCUCCAUGCUCAAAAAGUAAUACAUGGAAUCCUUUGAGGGUAUUUUCAAGGAACAGUAUGAUACGAUACAUCGCUUGGAAAUCAGCCAAUUGCGAAAUAUGGCCAAGAUGUUCGCUCAUCUCUUCUAUACAGAUUCACUUCCAUGGAGUCUUCUUGAAUGCAUAACACUGAGUGAAGAAAAUACUAUGUCUUCCAGUAGAAUUUUUGUCAAAAUAUUUUUUCAAGAAUUUUGUGAAUAUAUGGGACUACCUCAACUUAAUGCAAGGCUGAAGGAUGAAACAUUGCAGCCAUUCUUUGAAGGAUUACUACCCCCAGGUAACCCAAGACACACUCGGUUUGCCAUCAACUUCUUCACUUCCAUAGGUCUUGGAGGUGUGAUGGAUGAAUUAAGAGAACAGCUGAAGAAUGCCCCCAAGGUCAUCCUAGCAAAGAAGCAGGAUGUGGAGUCAUCAGAUUCCUCCUCUUCCUCCUCUUCCUCCUCCGACUCUGAGUCCUCAGACUCGGAUUCCAAUAGUAGUGAUAGCAGCUCAGACUCGUCGAGUGGCAGCGACUCCUCAUCCACAAGUGGCCAUAGCUCAGAUUCAGGCAAAGAUCAAAGGAAAAAGGGACAAAGGAAAAGGAAAAAUAAAAAAACAGAUACGACAAUUAAGAAAAAGAAAACCAGGGGAAAACAACACAUGGAAAAUAAAAUGGAAAGAAAAGACAGCAAGAAACAGGCAUUGAAGCAGAGCGAAGAAAAGGGGGAAAAAAAAAAGAAUGCGGACCGAAAUUUAAGAGAUUCGAAUUGGAGAGGGAACGCAUCAAAACAUGCUCCUGACAGAGAGACUACUGCAGAAAGAAACAGUUACUGGCUUUUAAAGGACAGACCUGGUGAUACCAAGAAGAGGACAGCAGAAAGAAGAAAUUCUUUUUCUGAUCAGGACAGAGGAAAACACCGAAACGAAGACAGUGAGAAUCAUAGGAGGAAAGAGAGCUCAAAGUCAAGAGAAAGGAAGACAAAGUACCCGCACCCCAGAGAUGGGGAAGACCGACAUUGGAAUGGGGCAGGAAAGCAAUCUGAAAAACACAGCAGACAUUCUGAGCAGUCCAGAGAAUCAAGGAGGAAGCAAGACCAAGGAAGAGAAAACUCUCCAGCAAGGCGCAAAGAAUUCCGAAAUGCCUUACAUUCAGUCUAA